AUGGACCGACAUAUCCAACGCCUUGUCUGUAAGCGUUGUUGGGAUACAAUCUUCUCUUAUGACACUUUCCUACGUAUCUGGGCCACCGCCGCGGACCCAACUCAUUUAUCACAGCACAGCUACUGCAGUCCUCCAUGGGAGGCAAUGCAGAGAUCUAUUGACCUCAUGUGCGAGUGGUGCGAUUUGGUCUGUGAGGAGAUCCAAUUCUACUACCGUCAUAAAACAAAGAGUAGAGGUGAUCCACCACCUGAGGCAACAUUCCCGUUGACUGUACAAUUCGUGCAUAAGCCACCACAGUCUCUGUAUUUGAAGUUGACAGUGGGUGAUUGGACGCCCAAGUGGCUGGUAUACUCAGCGGAUGCUGGACAAUACAUUACAGACUGCGUGAACCAUCAUAAGAACUGUACACGGCGACGAGCAACCCUUUUGCCAACCCGAGUGAUUGACUGCGGUAACCCUGCAAAUCCACGACUGCAAAUUGGUGUCCAAGGAGAGCAUUCAUAUGUCACUCUCAGCUAUGUCUGGGGAGAGGAUCAACCUUUCAAAACAACAACGAAGAACAUAGAGAAAUAUACUCGAGGCAUUGAUAUUUCCAGAGUCCCACAAACCAUUCGCGACGCAAUCACCGUAACUCACCGCCUAGGGCUACGGUUCUUAUGGGUGGACGCGUAUUGCAUCAUCCAGGACUCGAAGGAGGACAAAGCCGAGCAGAUUUCACACAUGAGAGACAUUUUUCAUCAUGCUUAUGUGACUAUCAUCGCCGCAUGUGCGUCCAAAGUAAGCGACGGCUUCUUGCAUGACCGCAGGCCCGGGUUUCCAGCUCCAAGCACACUUCCGUUCCGAACUCCCGAUGGUGCUCUGGGGACGAUGUUUCUGAGCCACGGAACUGAUCUCCGACCCGAGCCAGUGAACAGUCGGGCAUGGUGCUUAGAGGAACGAGUUCUGUCACCACGGUCUCUAGUCUAUUGCUCCCACACAGUGCAGUACGAAUGUCAGACCGAGCACAUGAAUAUUGACCGUGCCGCAGACCCACGAGACGUUAGAGAUGACAUCGUGCAACUACCGUCUUGGGUCUUCCACGAUCGUUUCCUUUCCAGUCCAUUCAUGGUCCCUGGAAUCGAAGAUGCAGAGCGCAUACUAGACAACACAUGGAGGAAGAUCAUUAGCUGCUAUACACAGCGUACCCUUACAAAACCGGGAGAUCGCCUAAUCGCAGUGUCUGGACUAGUACAAAAGCUUCAUCAACAUUGGCCAAAGGGUCAAGAAGAAACUCCCGUCUAUCAUGCCGGACUUUGGUCUCACCACCUCCCAGGAUGCCUCAUGUGGACAGUUCAACGGCGCAAGUUCCCACGGCCCGCUACUUAUCGGUCACCCUCUUGGAGUUGGGGCGCGGUCGAUGGCGAAAUUGAGUACGCUACCAGAGAUGUUUCCAACAUGAUUUGCGAGGUCCAAUACUGUCGAACUUUUCUCGCACGUGAAGAGCACCCGUAUGGUAAAGUCAUUGGUGGGAUGCUAAUCCUGCGGGCAAUGGUUAGAAGGGCAAUUUGGGAUCCGGAAAAUGGCAAUUUAUUCGAGCUUCAUGAGGUGAUUGCGGCGGGCGAAUAUCACUCAGAGGAACAAGGGGAUGAUGGAGAAAUCGGAUAUGUUACAGCAGAUGCCCUAGAACCGGCGUCCAGUAGCGUUGGGGAGGUUCACUUGGCCAUUUUGAUGAAAACUGACAUGACGGUGCAAGGCCUUGUAAUGGAGCGGAAUUUCACAACUGGUACCAGCGCGAAGACCGCUGGAAUCGUUGAGCAAAAGGAAAUGGCAUUCGGUCUGAACAUAGAAACCUUUCGCCGUCUCGGGACAUUCACGGCGCCUUUUUGUGAUCGGGAUAUAUGGUUUUCCACACCCUCCCAGGUGAUACAAAUCAUAUGA